CAAGUCGACAAUAGUUGCAAAUUACUCAAACUCGUUAUUUGAGCAGAUAAAUGUUUGUUCUGGUUCGAGCUCGAGGAAUGUUUGUUCUGGUUCCGCAAUGAUAAAAUCUACGAAAUGAAAUCCAGUAAAGUGUCGCGACGCUUGUUAUUUAUCCGCGGAUCUGAAUCCUCAAGCCGUCACAAAUGCAUCAGUUGGGUCAGAAAACGUCAAAACAAUCCAUAGAUACACUCGAUAGAAAGGACUUCAAUGGUGUUCGUUUGUGUGUUUGAUGGUGUUAUUUUCCUCAUUUUGCAUUCCCACUCGAUGCUUGUGGCCCACAAUAUGUUUUGCUAGCAUAGCUUCAGUUUCGGUACACCUGCGCAAUCGUCGAGUUCGGCUUCGAAGCGAUUAUACUAUACGCGAGCUACGGGAAAGAAAACAAUCAAUUUUUCACCCAUUCUCGAGCUCGGUGCUUUGGAUCAACUUCGACAGUCGGUGGAGCGUGUUGUUUUCGCAAAUUGACUACUUCCGGUGGUUCUCAUCCCAAAUCAGUGUUGUGUGUCAAAGUACGAUGCUCGAGGAAGCAAGUAGGAUGGAGGCCCGAUAAACAUCUGCGUGCGUUCGUGCUGCUGUUUGUGAUUCUCUGUAUAAUAUCUGGGUUAAUGCUCGGGAAGAACCGUGUGUUUGUGCGAAUAAUGGAUUAACACUCCCCGCGAAGUGGAUUACAGUAUAUCGUCAACGCUGAGUACUAAAUUAAAAUGACCUCCACGCCUUCGUCGCCCGAGAGCGAGGAUUUUCCCGGAAGAUUGCUGCACCAGGCCGCUCUCUGGGACAAUGUGGAACUGCUGGAGGAUUUGCUGCAGGAGGAGGUCCACCUGAUCGAUUGCCUGGACUCGUGGGGCCGAGCACCGAUCCAUGCGGCGGCCAUAACCGCCGACUCACGCUGCCUACCGAUGCUGGUGAAUGCUGGGGCCAAUGUUAACGUUACUUGUGGACCGCGCGGCGAUAAUAAGACUGCCCUACAUUUAAGUGCUGAGCAUGGUCACGUGAGAAAUAUCCAGGUGCUGUUAGAUGCGGGAGCCUCCUUCGUUGCCAAAGAUAAGAACGGACUGACGGCGCUGGAUUUGGCUGAACGCAGUGAACACGAGGAGUGUGUGGUUCUGCUCAAGCAAGCAGCAGAUACCCGUGAGCAAAUCCGAUCCCAGAAGCACAAAAAUCUCCGCGAAGCGGUGUCUUCGUCCGAUGAAACUCUCGUUCAGCUUCUGCUGGACAGCAUUGGCCCGGAGCGGGAGAUCAUCGUGAAUAUGUCUCCGGGUGGCGCAAAUACACUGCUUUUCGUGGCUUCCCAGAACGGAUCGGAACGCAUCGUUCGACUGCUGUUGGAUGCCGGUGCCGACGGGAGAGCGCAUGCGGUAACGAAAUACUCACCUUUGUACACGGCGGUGCACAAUGGACACACGAGGGUCGCCUCCUUGUUGCUCGAGAGGUUUCCAGAGCUGGUGCAGCAACUGACGGUGGAACGAUGGUUGCCCUUUCAUGCGGCCUGUAUCAAUGGGCACUGUUCGGUUGUGGAAUUACUCAUCAAGUACACCUAUCCGGAGGAGUUGAUGAGCUCGUACAGAACCAAAUCACCCCAUUCCAGAAAUCCGAGCGGCGAGUUGGAGUGGCGUCUAGCUUUCGAUCCCAAUACUCAGGACGUGACCGGUCAAACCGCACUUUACGUGAGCUGCCUUCUCGGUAAUCGGCAGCUGGUGGAGUUGCUGCUGAAUUGGAAAGUCAAAUGCAUCCGUCACACUCUGGAAAUUGAUCGGGAUGGAAACGAGUCGAAUGGACGUAGUCCAGAGCUGGGUAUUGCACCCUCCGGGAAUCCUCUCAGCCCUACCAAUCGCCGGAUUUCAUUCGGCAUACAGUCGAUCAUGUCCAGGUUGAGUAUGGGGAGAGACAGUGGAACGGAUCGCAACGAGGGCACUGUUAUGAGCUGUCCGUUGGAUCUGAACAUCCUUUGUGGAGCAGCGCGGGAGACAGCGCUCCUGGCGGCAGUGCGUGGUAGUUUUCUCGAUGUGGUCACACUUCUAUUGCAGAACGGAGCCGACCCGAAUGUGGUGGCACGAGCCGUUGAGGAUCACAAUGAUCCCAAAUCCUCGGACGAAAUUUAUGGCUUCUCAAACAUUCCGUUAGCGGAAGCAACCCGUCAAAAGUCGCUUGCCAUGGUUGAUCUGCUACUCAAAUAUGGUGCCAAGGAUGAUCAAUCAAUUGCGCUUAGUAUGGCAAUCGAAAACGAGGACGAACAAAUCAUUUGCCGACUUCUUUCGAUCAAAGCACACGCCGAUCCAGACUACAAGAUCAACAAGAAGGCCUUCGCCCAAGAGACGGAAUACAGCUCUCUCCCGAUAGUGGGAAGCUUCACCUACAAUUCUCUAUUUCCCAGCACCCCCACAAUGGUUAACUGGCACAGCAAUAAUUGUUAUCUACCGGCGAUCAAAAUGUCCUGGCUUAGUGAGGCUGUCCUCCAGUGCAAUCCCAAACUCAAAGGUCAUCCACGCUGCAAUCAACUAUCCCUAGCGGCUCUGACCCGUAUUGACAUCUCGUACAACUGCCUCUCCCAUCUGCCUCCGGAGAUUUUCACUCUUGGCAGUCUCCGAUAUCUUAACGCUGCCCAGAACACAAUCGAUCGCAUUCCACUGCCGGAGGAAAUCGAUCCGAACUCUGUGUAUCAGCAACAGAAACGUCGAGGCUCUAAAAUUCCCCAACCAGAGUACAACUGCCCCGUGCUGGAAGAGCUUUACCUGCAGGACAACCGGUUGCAGUAUAUUCCACCGCGACUUUUCCUCCUCCCCAGUCUCACGAUACUGGACGUGUCAAACAACAAACUCCAAGAGCUUCCCUUCGAGUUGUGGAAAUCACCGAAACUAAAGGAAUUCAACGUGGCGUUCAAUUUCCUGAAGGACCUCCCUUCGCUUCCCAACGCGGCCGAAAUCGCCGGAGAUGCCGCCGAAAUGUCAUCCCCCGUGACCGAAGCGUGCGUCUUCCAUGGCUAUUCGGGCUACGAGGACAGCGGCGCCGAUUCGCUGACCCGCAAUCGUCACGUGGCGAGUCUGGAAAUCGUGAAGCACCACAUCUGGUCCAAAUCGCUCGAGGUCACCGACCAGGAGCUGCGGCUACCCGAUUCCAAAAACGACAACACCGUCUCCCAACUGAGCAGUCUCAAUCUUGCCAACAAUCUGUUCACCAGCAUUCCACUGGCACUGCCGUGUCUUGCCGUUAAUCUAACUCGGCUCAACAUGUCGUACAAUAGUCUGCGAUCGAUGGGUCAUGUCACCAGCUAUCCUGCGUCCUUGAAACAGUUGGAUUUGGGGCAUAAUGAGAUUAGUUGCUGGCCCAGUCUUCCACGGAUCGCCGCCUCGGAUCCACAUCUCAUGUGCUAUAACCCGCAGGAACCGAAGAAGAAUUCCUCCAAGAGCUCGGUGGCCAGCAGCGGGAGCUCCACCAUAUCGUACUGUAACGAUGUCACCGUUGUGAAGACAUCCACAAGUUCCAACAAUAUAACCUCCCUCCGGACGGCAGUGUUGAAGAGUGUCUGCGCUCACCGGCGACAUCUUCGGCUGGAAUCGCUUCGGACGCUGGUUCUGGCAGAUAAUUCGCUGACGAGAAUUCAACUGUCGACCGAUGAUGUGACCACCCUUGGCGAAUCGGAGGAUGCCGAGUGGAGUUUGAUUGGGGUGGCGAAGUCCAGGUUGAUCUUCCCCAAUCUGUCGAUGCUGGAUAUUAGCAACAAUUCGUUGAAGGAGAUUCCUCCGUCGAUUCACGAGUUGACCAAUUUGAGUGUGCUGAACAUCAGCGGAAAUAUGGACGUGACGGAGCUGCCUCCCCACAUGGGACUGCUGUCGAGAUUAUGGAAUUUGAACACCCGAGGGUGUUCGCUGCAGGAUCCACUCCGGUCGAUGAUUGACAGCAAGAAGUACAAAACGAUGGAUAUUAUUGGUUACUUGAAGUCGGUCUACGAAGAUGCCCGGCCGUACGCAAGGAUGAAGCUGAUGGUGGUCGGGGUGCAGGGGAUUGGGAAAACGAGUUUAUUGGAUCAGCUGCGCAGCGAAGGACCUUCGAGGAACAAAAAACAGGUUGAUCAUUGGGCCAAGCGAAUGGGACACAAGAAUAUAAACACGAAAACAAGUCGGGGGAUCAAUAUGUCAACGGUUGGGGUGGACAUCGGGGAUUGGGUGUGCGAGAAGAAGAUUAGAGGGCACUCAACGCACGGACCGGUGGUGUUUAGAACGUGGGAUUUCGGAGGACAGAAGGAAUACUAUGCGACUCAUCAGUACUUCCUAUCAAAACGCAGUUUGUACCUGGUGUUGUGGAGGAUCAUUGAUGGUCGAAAAGGACUGGCAGAGGUUCUGCAGUGGUUGGGAAACAUCCAAGCUAGGGCACCAAAUUCCCCCGUUAUCAUUGUUGGAACCCAUUACGAUGCGGUUGGGGAAACUCUGCCGGCAAAGAAAGCUGAAGAGCUGCAGCAGAUUAUCCGUGAUCGAUUUAUCGCGGUGUCGGAUGCGGAAAAGAUAGGCUUGCCAAGAGUACUGGACUCAAUCGAGGUCAGUUGUAAAACUGGCCACAACAUCAAACUGCUAGCGAAUUUAAUCUACGACACAGCAUUUUCACUGCGUCCACCCGGAUGCAAGGAAGCGCUACUGUAUCAACGUGUCCCGGCGAGUUAUUUAGCGCUGGAAGACGUCGUCGGUACGAUUGCGUCCACGCUGAGACAGUUUGGUGCCGAUCCGGUGCUGGAUGCCGAGCGCUAUCGACAGAUGGUAACGCAGGAGAUGCAGCUUCGAGGUUUUAAGGGCUUCCGCGAUUGGUCCGAGUUGAACCAGGCGACGAUGUUUCUGCACGACAAUGGGGUGCUGCUGCACUACGACGAUGCCACGUUGCGAGAGUUGUACUUCCUGGAUCCCCAGUGGCUGUGUGAUAUGCUGGCGCACGUUGUCACCGUGCGGGAGAUUAAUCCGUUCGCGCGGACCGGAGUGAUGAAGAUGGAUGAUUUGCAGCACGUGUUCAAAAGUUCCUGUCUGGGAACGAAUGACAAUCGGGGUUAUAUUGUAAGCUUGUUAAACAAAUUUGAAGUUGCACUCUCGUGGGAUGCUCGAACACUACUCAUUCCUUCACUUCUACCCGCAGAAGAGGACUGCUCAGCGGAGAGAUUAGUGACAGUCAAGAUUGCCACCCGCUCCAAGGGAUGGGUUAUGCGUACCCGACGGAAUCCAAUGAACACCAAUUUUGCAUUCUAUGAACCGAUCCAAUCGGAGCCACAAACACCGGUCCUUAGCAACGCAUGCGAUAUUCAAACGGAGGCUCGUUCGGAUCAAGCCAUUUCGCGACUCCUCCUGAUGUCCUACUUUCCAUCCGGUUUCUGGUCACGGUUGAUUACCCGAGUCCUGGCCGAUGAUCAGGUAGUGGAAGCCAUUCGAAACCUCUACCCGGUCCCAAAGGAAGCCAUCGCCGAUCAGGACAUCAACCAAAUGUUGAAUCUCUCCUCGCACUGGGCAGUCUGGCAAACGGGACUUGCCCUCCACUACGGAUCGACGCUGGUGUUCAAGAUGCGGGAGAUUUCCGUGGCUUGUCCCACUUCGCCCUAUAGAAACCCCAUGAACCGCUUCAAACUCAAGCAGGACGGUAUCUGGUGCGACAUUGAUCUCACCUCCACUUCCAUCCUCGAGAUCCAUUUCCCUUGCAGCGCACUGAAAGUGCGCAAACUGGAUGAAAUUGGAGCGGAGCUCAGUUCGGUAGAGAUCGAAGCGAACAUACAGUGCGUGACGCAAUUGUUGGCGCUGAGUGUAGAUCACAUCGAUCUAUUGUUGGAAGAUUGGUACCCAACGCUGGGUACGCGUUUUGUUCAUACCUCCGAGGGCCGUUUCCUGGUGACUCGACUGGUGCCUUGUCCAAAAUGUCUACGUGCCUGCGAGGAUCGACACGUGCCCAAUUUUCCCUCGCAAGUGAGGCCCUCGAUGGGAGGUGCGGCGAGUGGUGGACAACGACCUGUACCGCCCUACAAACGGUUAAGUUUCGAUCGCAGAAUGGAAUUUGGUGAAUCCAGUGGACUGAACGAACUGCCGGGUAUAUUGAAUGAUUUGGUUCCUACGCGGAAGUCCCAGGACUCGGUCGGGUGGUCGGACUGUGACUCGGGUGUGGGUCAAGAGUCGGCCGACAGUUCCCGGGCAACAUCGAUCGAGGGUCAUCCUUUGGUGAACGCAGGGGAUUUGCCUGGACCCCCGAGCUACUCGUGGAUGGUGGAGGAGUGCAUACUGGCGGCGUAUGAUAAGCGAUCGGUUGCGUGUCCGAUCCACGGGGAGAUCGAGCUGAGUCGAAUCACACCGGAUGUGAAUUUUUUGGAUCUCUCGGAGAGCUAUCUCAUCAAAUCGGAGGAGGUGAACCGGGGGCCCUUGCUGGGGCGAGGUGCGUUCGGCUUUGUGUUCAAAGCGACCUGCAAAACUCGCGGAUCGAAGACCGUCAUUCCGGUGGCGAUGAAGAUGUUGCAACCGGUUGCGCCCGGGCCACGGGCCCGCCAAAGUGCCAUCAUUGCGUACAAAGCAGCACUCGGUAAGUGGGAACGAGAUCCGCUACAACAUUCGUGUAAAGCAUAUUGCACGGCGAGACAAGAACUGGCAGUGCUUCUGACGCUGCGUCACACGAACAUUGUUCCGCUGAUAGGGGUUUGUACCCAGCCUCUCGCGUUGGUGCUGGAUUUGGCUCCGAAGGGAGCGCUGGAUGCGGUGCUUCGCCACUUCCGACGAAGUGGCGCUCGCAUUGGUCCCUACUGCUUCCAGUCGCUUGUUCUCCAGGCGGCCAAGGCGAUGGAAUAUCUUCACCGAAGACGAGUCAUUUACCGGGACCUGAAGGCGGAGAACAUCCUGGUGUGGGAGUUUCCUGAACCGCAUGCAGAUGACCUACCAUCCAAUGCGGUUCACAUCAAAGUGGCAGACUACGGUAUAAGCCGUAUCACCCUACCCUCCGGUUCCAAGGGCUUCGGGGGCACCGAAGGCUUCAUGGCACCGGAAAUCAUGCGUCACAACGGGGAGGAAGAGUACACCGAGAAAGUGGACUGUUUUUCGUUCGGGAUGUUCCUCUACGAACUGAUCGCACUGCGGCAACCCUUCGAAGGGCACGAGGCCGUUAAGGAGUGCAUCCUGGAAGGUGGCCGACCAGUGCUAACGCAGCGUGAAACACAUUUCCCGUCGUACUGUUUGGAUCUGAUGGUGCUUUGCUGGGAUCAGCAGCCGAAGGUACGACCUUCGGCCAGUCAGAUUGUGUCGAUCGCCAGCGCUCCGGAGUUCACCCAUCUCAUCGAUGUGAUCUCGCUGAACCAUAUGGGAAACGUGUUGGACGGCAUCGCCUGUCAAAUAGCCAGUAUCGAUGACAAUACGGUUAUCUCCGGGUACGAAAUGUGGUUGGCUUGCUCCAAUUCGCGCAUCGACAUACUGUUGGGUUCGAUCAAAGGGUGGCAACAGUACCAUCGAAUACUUUGUCCGCAAAUCUCGACCCCAGUGAAAUCCGCGAGUGGAGGUGGUUACCCUUCGCUACCUACCACUCCGCACCAGGUAAAACAGAUGAAACUAACCACGGCUUGUGCCGUCGAGCGUGCGAUCUGGAUUGGCGAUGCCGAAGGCAACAUCUACUCUUUCGACGCGUCCGAUUGCGUUCAUCAAUUUUCCUACGCCCUGGAACCGGCCCAACCUUCGCCGGUAGUCGCACUCGUGUACCUCAAGAAGUUUAAUCGUGUUGCAGCGGGUCUCGAGAAUGGUCGACUUUUCCUGCUGGACUCGACGCUAACGCCCAGCACAUCCGUCUCGGCGGAAGGUAGCUUCGUUCUGUCCGAGCUCGGUUCCGGUGAGCGACUUUACAGUGUCUGUCCACUGUGGAAAAACGAAAACGAGUGCGAGCUGUGGUGUGGCGAAACGGAUGGGGCGAUUAAUGUGUUCUUGCUGAAAAACUCUCACGUUUCCGGGCAGCAUCAUUUGACACACUUCCAGGCGCCGAUUCCGACCCGAGGGUUGACAGUUGCCCAGCUACAUGCCUCGGAAGAUUGUGUGUAUUCUUACGUGGCACCCGGAUGCAUUCUGUACCAGUGGAAAUCGACCGAAAAGGAGAUCGAUAACAGGCUGGAUUGUUCCAAGCUUGUGCCGUGUUCGGAGAGUUUGAAGAGUAUUGCCAUAGAUGAACAUCUUAGUCCCGGCAAGUGUCAGAUCUCAGCAAUGGCAGCUUUCAACGGCGAACUCUACAUCGGAACAACGUGGGGCUGCAUUAUCAUCGUGGAGAAGCAAACGCUACGACCAGUCACAAUCUUCCGACCGUUCGAAGAAGAUGUGCGCUGCAUAGUUCCUCUGUAUGGUGGACCCUGUCCGAUGCUGGUCACCAUUGGCCGCGGCUAUCGAUCGUUGAUCGAUCGAUACACCGAUUUCACGACCGGUCAGGUUACGACUCCUUUGGCUACUCCUCAGGACAAACGCCUUAAGGAGUCACUGCUGAAGGAUCGCUCCAACAACAUGCAUGCCCUCAUCUGGACUGCGGAACAUUGGACGCCGGUUUAGGGAGGAGCUGCUUUGAAGUAAACUCGUAGGUGUUUCAAAUUUUUCUGUGAUUUUUAUGAGUAGAAUAGCGAACAAAAGAAGAGUAGCGCUUAGGCACCGUUAAAAGGAAUAAUGUUCCCGACAUCAGUUUAGAAGAGAAAAGACGAAGAUUUUAUCCCUUAUCUUAUUAAUCGAAUUUCUGCGUAAUGACUUAGAGUAUAAGAAAUUGUUGUAAGUUGACUUCGACAA